GUCACAGUUAAAAAAUAAUCAUUGCUAUCACUAUCGGCAUCGUAGAUAUUUUUAAUUUUCCGCCUAAGGUCUGACCCAGACGUGCGUUGAAUUUGAAUGCAUUUGAAUCGCAUCAAUAUUUUUCAGGCGAUUUCGUUGACCGUUGCUUCAGUUGGUCAGUGGCAUUCGUAUACUGAAGACAUGCACCCACAAUAAUUGGAAACGUUGAAUUUAUGUAGCCUGUCUGGCUUUGUGAACGUGAUCUAACAUGACGCUACGCGUAACGCUAUUCCUGAUAGUGUUAUCACUAUGUGCAAAUAUAUUGCAUACGAAGAUAAUCAGAGAAAAAAGAAACGCAGCCGGAAAUGGUACUGUGCAAGAAUCUCCUUCGUUCAUCAGAGAUUCCGUAGAGGGCGCACCGAAUGACAAGCAAUGGCGGAUGGAGGACAAUACCACUGUGACGUCAUCAAAAGAAGAAUUCGGAUCGAAAAGUCUGCCGUUGAGGGCUGCCGUCGAAAGCAUUCCUGAUUUCACUUGGAACCAAGAACGUCUUCCGUUGCGUGACGCUGUGGAACGGCGACCUCCUCCUGAUGAGCCUCUUGACGUUUCGGGUCCUCCCGUUGUCGUCCGACCUUCUGGCCUUCUAGAUUGGGAGGCGCCAUCUGGCGAUGAGGUCAAGCAGCAGAGCAUUGGAAAGGUGGAUUUCAACACACCACAGCAUCAGCAGGCUGAAGUACCUCAAACGCCAAUCGAACAACCUCCAGCUUUCUACGGGGCUCCAAUAGGAGUACAAAGCUAUCCCCAACUGCUCUAUAUUCCUCCACAAUUACCAAUGUCUAUUGGAGGAGCAUUACUCUAUCCGCCUGGCUUUCAACAGCAGUACACCCUGUAUUCUCCAUUGCAACAGUACAAAAGACUUUUGUUGGUACCCCAACAGAGCCCUGCUAUUCCACUGCCAUCUACUGGGAGAGCGUUUCAUUAUGAAAACACUUUCAGAGCUGUAGGAGACAAUUCGAUCAAUCCACAAGCAACACCAAAGCGCAUAGUAUGUUACAUAGAAGGCAUAGCUUCAUACAGACUGGAACCUUUCACUUUCAACCCACCAGAUUUGGACCCUAAGCUUUGUACACACGUAGUGUAUGCUUAUGCCACAGUAGAUCCACUCUCACAUAAUUUGGUUUCGAAUGAUGAAGAAUACGAUAUUGUUCAAGGAGGCUACCGUUCAGCUCUGGGUCUGAAACACCUGAACCCCUCGUUACGAAUCCUCCUCUCAAUCCGCUUAUCCCCUUUUUCCCGACUUUCCGCUCUCCUUGCCUCCUCUGAUGCAAGCUCCGCCUUCGUACGUUCAGUCUCCGCCUUCUUGGAUCGAUACGCGUUCGACGGCGUUGACCUUGACUGGGAAUGGGCCGGGCAAGCGGAGGCACGCCCACCGCAGGCGGAGUCACAGCAACAAGAGCGGCUAUUGGUGCUUCUGCGAGAACUGGCCGAUGUGAUUGGAAAAAAGGGUGGGAGUUUUGCUUUGUCUACGCCACUUAACAGGAUGAACAGAGGAGAUGGUUGGGAUCUAGCUGCCAAACUGGCGGAUAUUGUAGAGUAUGUCACAGUGAAAGCAUACGAUUUUGAGAAAGAAGGAACUGCUAAUAGCUCAUUGGAUAUGGACCGCGCCGUGCUUUGGUGGGAACGCCGUGGAAUGCCCGCCCAUAAACUGGUAGUGGGCGUGCCCUUUUUCGGUCGCUCCUCCCCCAUUGACCAAUCACAACCCGCCUCAGGCGCGUACACCCUAUCGCCGGGCAGAUUGGCCUACUUCGAGAUCUGCGACGCCCUAAUGCCAUCCUCCAAUGAGGUAGCAGUUUGGCGGACUGGGAGGAGACAGGACGAAACGCCGUAUGCGACUGACGGGAAGCAGUGGAUAAGAUAUGAGGAUGAAGAAAGUGUUGCUAGAAAAGUUGAGUUUGUGAAUCAACGCAACCUAGGCGGUAUAUCAGUUAUUUAUGCAGAGGAUGACGAUUUUAGAGGACUUUGUGGAGAAAAAUGGCCUUUACUGACUACCAUUAACAGAGAGAUGAAAGGUAUAACAAUAGCGGUCACCCCAACAACCCGCCAAUGCCUGGGCGAAGCCGACGGCCGAUACAGCGAUCCUACCAAUUGCGCCGCCUAUUUCGAUUGCGAGGGCGGAGUCGGAACGCGAGUCGCUUGUGCCCCGCCCACUUUCUAUCAUCCGGAGAAGGGGGAGUGCAUCGGAAUGCCAGCAGACUGUAAACCAGGGGCGGUGGUUUUCGUGCCCAAGAAUGAGGGGACAGACGCCAGGGCGGUGCUUAAGGCUGAAGAGCAGAACAAACCGAAGGUGGUCUGUUACGUAACUAGUUGGUCUUUUUACCGCAAGUCCGGUGGACGGUUUGUUCCAGAACACAUUGACCAACGUUUAUGCACUCACCUUGUCUACGCGUUCGCUAGUUUGGAUCCAGAAAGGCUGCAAAUAAAGGAAUUUGACCCUUGGGCAGACCUUAACAAUAAUCUGUACGAGCGUAUCACCUCUCUGGACGAUCUCCAAGUAUUGCUAUCAGUCGGCGGUUGGACUGACUCCUCAGGUGACAAGUAUUCUCGACUGGUCAGCGACGGAUCUGCAAGACGACGUUUUGUCUUGGGCGCUGUCGCUUUUCUCAGAAGACACAGGUUCAAAGGACUGCAUUUGGACUGGAACUACCCUGUGUGCUGGCAGAGCGACUGUAAGAGGGGACCUUCUACCGAUAAGGCUAACUUUGCCAAAUUGCUACAGGAGUUAAAAAGCGAAUUUUCCAAACAAUCCCCACCUCUGAUCCUGGCAGCAGCAAUUUCUGGUUACAAAGAGGUCAUAGAUGUCGCAUAUGACCUACCGGCUCUAGGACAACAUCUAGACUUUAUGUCAGUUAUGACAUAUGACUACCAUGGUGCUUGGGAGAGGGUCACAGGUCAUGUCAGUCCCUUGUAUGGGUCACCAGCAGAUAAAUAUCCUCAAUACAAUGUAAACUACACAAUGGAGUAUCUAGUCCGCCUUGGUGCGCCCCGCUCCAAGCUCCUAGUAGGCGUGCCCUUAUACGGUCAGUCCUUCGGAGGGGUGGGGGGUCAAGGCGAAAGAGGGGAAGGAAGCCCUGCCGCGGGUCCGGGAGACGCGGGAGAGUACACGAAACAACCGGGAGUAUUGGCUUACUAUGAGGUCUGCAACAGGAUCAGACAGCAAGGAUGGAAGAGAGGUCAAGGCAAAGGAGGUCCGUACGCGUAUAAGGGAGACCAGUGGGUCGGUUACGAAGACAGGCAGUCUGUCAAACAGAAGGGUAACUAUGCAGUACAAAAUGGUUUUGGUGGAGCCGUAGCUUGGACUAUUGAUUUAGACGAUUUCACAAAUCGGUGUUGUGGAAGCGCAUUCCCUCUGUUACGUGCCCUCAACGAAGGUCUCGGACUCUCUUCUGCGACUACUGCAGCUCAAGAAGAUUGCAGCCCACCUCCAGAACCUAGCACACCACCGCCACCACCAACCACAACUGCCUCAGACUCAGGAGCUUCGACGGAGCACAGUCACGACCACUGGUCUACAACCACUUCCAAGCCUGUGACUUGGUGGAGUACUACGUCUAGUACUACAAGCCAAAAGCCACCGAAGCAGACGACUACGUCACCUUGGUGGACGACAUCAUCUACAAAGCCGACCGCCUGGUGGACUACAACUCCUUCUAGUACUACGAGUACUACUAAGCAGACCACUACCUCGUCUUGGUGGACAACCACUAAGCGACCAAGCAAGCCCACUACCACAUCUGCUAAGCCUAUUACUACAGAAAGGCCGUCAUCCACAGUGAUACCGCCCACUUCAGUGGUCCAACCAGAUCUUCCUGCACCCACCAGCGAUCAAACUCCGCCCACUUGCCGACCGGGCCAAUACCUGCCCGACCCAUACAAUUGCAACGCCUUCUAUAGAUGCGUCUUGGGCGAACCGAAGAAACAAUAUUGCGCCGGAGGACUGCAUUGGAAUCAGAAGAAGAACGUGUGUGAUUGGCCUAGGGAAGCCAAGUGUGAGACUGGCAGUAGUGCAGCUCAUUCGAAACCUUCAUCAAACAAACCACCUACAAGAGAACCAUCUACUACCACCACUACCAAGCGACCAUCUAGUAGUACCAAAUGCAAUUCUCCUGGUAGUUACUAUCCUCAUCAAGAUUGCACCAAGUUCUACGUUUGUUUAGGUGGUUUCAAAGUGGCCCAACAGUGCGCUCCUGGAUUGAGGUACGACCCUAGGAGGCAUAUGUGCGACUGGAGCUCAAAAGUACCUUGUGAUGGAGGAAAUCGGAGGACUCAUCCGCUGAAAGUGGGUCAAGCCCAACCUUACUCAUCAUGCAGAGGCGAUGUUUUUGCUCCACUACCAGGUGACUGUACCAGGUAUAUGCACUGUCAAUGGGGCAAAUACGAGGUCAGAAAAUGUGCACCAGGUCUACAUUGGAAUAACGAACGCAAAAUCUGCGACUGGCCCCACUCCGCCCGCUGUCAGGAACAAACAGACAACGAACUCGACCCCGACGAAGAACCGCCCAUCCACGAACUAGACAACGCUCCGUCCACCUCAUCUCAAGCCCCGCCCACUUCUCCCGCUCCUUCCGCAACGACGACCCAAUGGUCGCCACCUCCUACCGAAUGGGUGGAGCCAUCUUCCCCCGCCACCGAGUCGCCGUGGGAGUGGCAUCCGCCCAUACCUCCUACCAGCGAACAGCCGCCAUUGGCUGAGCCGUUGAAGCCGUUCUCCGGGUACUUUAAGCUGGUUUGCUACUUCACGAACUGGGCGUGGUACCGUCCUGGCGCUGGGAAGUACUUGCCCGAGGAUAUUGACCCGAAUUUGUGCACGCAUAUCGUGUACGGGUUCGCCGUUCUGGAUUUUUCGAAUUUGGUUAUCAAGGCGCAUGAUUCGUGGGCGGAUUUUGAUAAUCAGUUUUACAAAAGGGUAGUUGGGUACAAGUCGAAGGGUGUGAAGGUCUCGAUCGCGAUUGGUGGAUGGAACGACUCUCAAGGAGACAAGUACUCGAGGCUCGUCAACAAUCCAUCGGCAAGAAGAAGAUUCAUCGAAAAUGUGCUGAAAUUCAUGGAGAAAUAUAACUUUGACGGAUUGGAUUUGGAUUGGGAGUACCCGAAAUGCUGGCAGGUUGACUGCAAGAAGGGUCCAGCGUCAGACAAGCCGGCUUUUGCAGCCUUCGUCAAGGAAUUAAAAGACGCCUUUAGACCAAAAGGCUACCUGCUGUCCUCCGCUGUAUCGCCGAGUAAAACUGUUAUCGACGCUGGAUACGACGUUCCAGCUUUGGCGGAAAGCUUGGACUGGGUAGCUGUUAUGACCUACGAUUUUCACGGACAGUGGGACAAGAAAACGGGACACGUCGCUCCUUUGUUCUAUCAUCCCGAGGAUGAUGUGGCUUUCUUCAAUUCGAACUUCUCUAUAAACUACUGGAUUUCCGAAGGGGUACCGCGCAGAAAGAUUGUAAUGGGUAUGCCCUUAUACGGUCAAUCCUUCAGAUUAGAAAACGAAAGCAACAACGGAUUAAAUGCCCCUGCCCCUGGUCCCGGGGAAGCUGGCCCCUACACCAGAGCUGCUGGAUUCUUGGCCUACUACGAAAUUUGCGACAAUAUCAAAAAUAAAGGUUGGACUGUCGUUCAAGAUCCUCUGGGCGCAAUGGGACCUUACGCUUACAAGGGCAACCAAUGGGUGUCAUUCGAUGACAAAAAUAUGAUUAGGAAAAAAUCUGAAUACAUUAGAAGUAUGGACAUAGGAGGAGGUAUGAUAUGGGCUUUGGAUUUGGACGACUUCAAAGCCAAAUGUGGAGAAGGCAGGCAUCCUUUACUGACCACUAUCAGGAACGUUCUAGCAGAUCCAGGUAAUGGUGAACAAACCCCCGUAGAAGGUCCAAGCUAUGAGACAGAGCCACCAUCAGGGCAAGGAGAAGAAAGAAUACCAGAAAAGGGAGGUGAAGAAGACAAAAUAAUGACCACAUUGGCACCUGUAGGAGUUGCAGAAACUUCUUCACAAGCAGUUGUUGACCCUAACUCGGAAUUCAAGGUGGUUUGCUAUUUCACAAACUGGGCCUGGUACAGACAGGGCCAUGGAAAAUAUCUACCUUCCGAUAUCGAUCCUAACCUUUGUACUCAUAUCGUUUAUGGAUUUGCAGUCCUAGAUCGAGAACAACUAGUUAUAAAACCACACGAUUCAUGGGCAGAUAUAGAUAACAAAUUCUACGAGAAAGUAACAUCGUUGAAAUCCAAAGGCGUAAAGGUUUUGAUAGCAAUCGGAGGUUGGAACGAUUCUCAGGGAGACAAAUAUUCAAGGCUUGUGAACAAUCCGUCGGCAAGAAAGAGAUUCAUAGAGAACGUUCUAAGGUUCAUCGAAGACAACAACUUUGAUGGGUUGGAUUUGGAUUGGGAGUAUCCCAAGUGCUGGCAGGUGGACUGUAACAAAGGUCCGGCUAGCGAUAAGGUGGCGUUUGCAGAUUUUGUGAAAGAAUUGAAGGAAGCCUUCCAGUACAAGGGAUAUUUGUUAUCAUCGGCAGUGUCGCCUAGUAAACGAGUCAUCGAUGCGGGAUAUGACGUUCCUGUACUCUCAAAAUACCUGGAUUGGAUAGCGGUAAUGUGCUACGACUACCAUGGUCAAUGGGACAAGAUUACUGGACAUGUGGCACCGAUGUACGCGCACCCAGAAGACGUCGACCCUACUUUCAACACUAACUUCACGAUACACUACUGGAUAGAAAAAGGAGCAGAUAGACGAAAACUUGUGCUAGGCAUGCCAAUGUACGGACAAUCGUUUUCACUGGCUGAAAGAGAGAACAAUGGAUUGAAUGCCCCUUCUUACGGCGGUGGAGAAGCCGGGGAUGAAACUAGAGCUAGAGGAUUUCUUGCUUACUAUGAGAUUUGCGACCGUGUGCUGAAGCAAGGCUGGACGGUGGUGCGAGACCGCCAGGGCCGGAUUGGCCCAUACGCCUACAAAGACGACCAAUGGGUGUCCUUCGACGACGCUGGCAUGAUCAGACACAAGAGCGAAUGGGCGCGCGCGAUGAGACUGGGAGGAGCGAUGAUUUGGGCGUUGGAUUUGGACGAUUUUAAGGGCGACAGGUGUAAAUGCGGACGGCAUCCGUUGCUAUCCGUCAUCAAUACGGUGCUCAGAGGGUACAAGAAGCCGCAAGCGCCCUCUUGCAGACCACUAGGAAUCGAUUCACUCCAAUCUUCAACACCGCAAUCGACACCCACUCCUAGCCCCGCCCCUCCCUCUCAAACUACGCCUCCUUCUACAGUAACCAAGCCGCCUUCGAUGACUCCGCCCCUUCCGUGCGACGGUCGACUGUUUUCGCCCCACCCCGUCAACUGUCAUCAGUACUAUUUGUGCAAUCAAGGCCAACUUCAAUUGCAGUCGUGCCCUAGCGGAUUGUACUGGAAUGCGGAUCACUGUGAUUGGCCGGAGAAUACGGAGUGUCAUCCAGAUGGUACCAAAGGUUCUGAUGAAAGAACCACAGAAUCAUCGUGGAACAAUCAAACUCCGAUCAAGCAGAUUUCAAAUAUUGAAAGCAAGUACAAGGUUGUGUGUUAUUUUACCAACUGGGCAUGGUACAGACAUGGAGAUGGAAAAUACACCCCAUCAGACAUUGAUCCUAAGUUGUGUACACACAUCAACUAUGCUUUUGCUGUUCUGGACGCCGAUACAUUGACAAUCAAACCAAGAGAUCCUUGGAUUGAUAUUGAUAAUAGUUUAUACGAAAGAGUGACAGCUCUACGCCGGCUCGGUCCAAAAGUGCUGCUCAGCUUAGGAGGCUGGCACGAUUCAGCAUCAGACAAAUAUUCCAGACUGGUUCGAGACCCGGCUGCACGGCGAAGGUUCGUGGCAGACGCAGCAUACGCGCUUAAAAAAUGGGGAUUCGACGGUUUGGAUCUUGUAUGGGAAUAUCCAAAAUGUUGGCAGAUGAACUGUAGCCGAGGUCCUUCAUCAGAUGGCAGCGACUUCCAGCGUCUGGUAGCCGAACUGAGCGCCAGGCUACGACCCCACGGACUUCUGCUCUCCGCUGCAGUUGCUGCAUCCCAGAAAGCGUUGGAGGCAGGCGCUUACGGCCCCCAGCCGCAACUUCUUCAGCACAAUUUGGAUUGGAUGGCCGUCAUGGCCUACGAUUACCAUGGCCAUUGGGAAGGCCGAACUGGUCACGCGGCACCGUUAGUUAUGGGUGGGAAUGGUAGUGUUCUGAAGGCUGAUGUCAACUCGUCAAUAACCUAUUGGAUCAAAAAUGGCGUGUCUCCAAGGAAACUGGUACUCGGCGUACCAUUCUAUGGCCAGUCUUACACCUUGGAGGAUCCAUCGAGAAACUGGCUGAACGAGUCCACGGCAGGACCGGGAGCGCCUGGAGAAUUUACCGGAAUCAAGGGAUUCCUUGCUUUCUACGAGAUUUGUGAACGUGUAAACAAGAACGGUUGGAGGGUGUCAAGAGAUCCGUCAGGCAAUGUAAGCAGCUAUGCCACCCAUGGAGAUCAAUGGGUGUCUUAUGAUGAUGUUGCUGAGGUUCAACGAAAGGCAAAAUAUGCUAUGGACUUAGGCCUCGGCGGUGUAAUGGCGUGGGCCCCGGAUCUGGACGAUUUCAACGGCAACUGCGGUUGCGGAAAAUACCCGCUACUUACUGCUUUAAAAACAACACUUCAAGAUACAACAGACAGCAAUAUUUUGCCGAUCAAUUGCACGUGAAGAAUAUCGAUAUUAUCGUCAAGACAUUUGGAUCUCAAUUAUCGAAUAUUUUUUGUUAGAAGAACUGCAUCUCUCACAUUUAAAAAUCCUAUUUCACUUCGGAUAAAAGCAUAUCCUUUUCUGCACGGGUAUCACGUAUCUUGAAAAGUGACAUUAUGCCGAUUUUUUUGACAUUAUGUAGGUUAUUCUACAAGAUGUUAACUCAGGCAUGUUAUCAAUCUUUGGCUUUGAUGUGAUGUAAAAUCUGCUUCUGAGUUGGCAUUACUGGAAGUCUAAGCUGUAAGUUUCAUGUGUUGAUGAUAAUUACAUUGGGUUCUUGUCUCAAAUACACUUAAUUGAUAUUCAAAGCUAGAAAUUAGUUGCGCAUCCACUUUUUCUUAUCCAGUCCGGAAAUUACAUAUACAUAUUUGCUGAAUUUCAAAAAUGAGAGAGAUAAGAAGUAAUUAUAUUCACUGUACACUGUCGAAUUAAAAGCCAUAUACAUGCAAACACAACGCGGGCGCGGUGAUGAUUUCCCGUAAUUCUCCUCAGUUUUUCGUAAUUUAUAACUUUGAACAUACACUCUCUUCAGAAAUCACAACAUAUAAAUUACCCGUCAUAUUCAGUAAUGAUUUUCUCACACAGCAAAUAUCACUGAAUUUAUACACAUGCAGACAUAAUCUCAUCCAGAUGCGAUCUUGCUAUUCAACCAACUUUCUUCUCAGAGAUAAAAACUACAGAACCGGAUCACUCAGCCUCACAAAGCUAUGCAACCAAUAAUGCGUAGUUUAGUUGAGUGAUUCCUUCACAGAUGGACGUUCACAACGAUCCUAGUGAGCAAACGUGGAAUGACUGUUUGCGCCCUAAAAACUACCUAGUCUGCAAGUUGACAUCCUAUAGGUUUUUUUGACGUUUUAUAGGUUUUUUACAUCAUACCCGUGCGGUCUUAUUUUAAAUUGAAGCUUCACUUCCCCCAUGAAGUUAAAUAAGAAACAGAAUAAUGGCAACUACUUAGAUCUAGAAAAUGGCAAAAACCUUAAAUUAUACGUAUUAUACCUUAUUUCACGAGUAUUCAUCACGCGUUGACGUCUACUGAGAUGGUGAACAGCUGAUCAGCAAGUGACAUUUUUGUGUUAGUCUGCAACUUUGGCCAUAAUGAAUCGGGUGUAAACCUAGCAAAAAUCUGUUUGUAGCGUAUUGUUUUUUCUAUGCAAAUGAACUUUUCUAAAUAAAACAGCUUUCAGCAAGUACAAAAUGAAUCUGUAGCGCACAAAAAACAUAAAACAAAAUAUGGGUCUGUCCACUUGGCAACGCCGGAUCCGUCAGAAUUAUAUGUCCUUUACCGAUAUGGGGAAUUUUGAAAUAUUACUGAAUAACCAGCUGUCAUUUGACCGUGAUAGAUACUCGUGAAAUAGGGUACCUAUACUUACCCUCUGAAUGGCUCAAUUUUCUUAGUAAAUAUCUGGUUAUUAACUAAUAAAACACUCGAAGUUUAUUGUUAGAUGGAUUAUAAAAACUAUUCGCGAAUUUUAUCCCCGGAAAAUCUGUUAGAAGAUGGCGCUUACACAACUGCAAUUUCAAACAUUCAAGCAAAUUGCGCAUGUGCAACGUGCGAUGUUGUCAGAUUUCCGCUUUUUCCCUAAAUUAAAUUUUAAACCGAAAUGCUCUUGAAAAUUAUUUGGAUAGGAAUGGAGUAAAUAAUUAUUGAGAAUCUCUAUCAAUUUUACGGAAAACAUUUAUACGAGAAAAAAGCAAAUAUGAUUUUGUUAAUACUGUGAGUGAUGCGUUUUUUGAAUAUUAAAAUAAGUGUGCCAUUGAUUUGUAGUGUCACUUUGUUA